GAUCUGGGGAUACUUGUGCUAGUAGUAAUAAGACUAGUUGUUUCUAAAAAAAAAAUAAAAAAAUUGAAGAAGAGAAGAACUCGAGUUCGUGUGAAAGAAAUAAUCGAUCGGCUCCUAUACAUACAAAAACGACAAUACUCUACUCUAUAAUAACAAUCAAUAAUUUUAAUUUUUUAAUAAUAAUAGUGUAAAUCAGACGAUGAUGAUGAUGAUGAUGAGAUUAGGGAUGGACAGUGCUGCAUAGAUAACGUGAGUCGUUAAUCUCGGCUUUUAACACGUGAUCUUCUCCCUCCCACACCCUCACCCCCCCUCUCUCUCUCUAUAUAUAUAUUAUAUAUAUAGGCCAGCAAGCACUUGCAGUACUAGUAGCAGACAGUUUGUUGAUCCAAUUAAUGUCUACUUAACAAUAAUAAUUGCAUCGACCAUUGGAUUUAACUCAAACACUGAACGAAGAUACACUCACUUAAUCACCUUUACCUACUCAGUCACUGUGUAAUAAUCAUUAUUAGUAUAAUAAUAAAAUAAGUAUUUGAAAUUGAGAUUGAAUUGAAUCCAUCAGCAGCAAAGCAGUUGUCGGUGGGAUCGCAUCAUCCGACAGAAUGAAGCCCAAACUGCCUACUCAAACUUUGAAUCCAUCCAUUGUUACUUUCGAACACAAGAGAGAUGCCUAUGGUUUUGCAGUGAGACCUCAGCAUGUUCAAAGAUACCGUGAAUAUGCAAAUAUCUACAAGGAGGAAGAAGAGGAACGGUCAGAUAGGUGGAAGGACUUUCUGGAACGACAGUCAGAGUCCACUCAAUUGCCUGAAAAUGGCUCAGUCGCACAAGUUGACAAGGAGGAUAAUAAGGGUUCUGAUAAGACCACGGAAGGAGAUGAGAAGAUCAGCCAUGAUGAUAUAGACAAAAAUGAAGCCCAAGAAGAUGAAGUUUCCCAAACUGGGAAUAAGAUUCACCGGGCCCAAAUAUGGACUCAUAUUAGACCAUCCCUUCGAGCCAUUGAGGAUAUGAUGAAUGCCCGUGUUAAGAAGAAGAUUAGCACAACGAAAACAGAGGAAGAUGCUGGAUCCGAAGAGGAUUCUGAGGAUGAGUUUUAUGAUUUGGAGAGGUCAGAAUCGGAUCCAAUAUCAGAGGCUCCUUCUAGUGACAGUGUCAGUGCCUCAAUCCCAACAGCUGGCCCCUUAGAUUCUUCAAUUCAUUGGAAAGAGGAAUUGGAGUUUCUUGUCCAAGGGGGAGUGCCAAUGGCUCUUAGGGGAGAGCUCUGGCAAGCUUUUGUGGGUGUCAAGGCUCGACACGUUAAGAAUUAUUAUCAGAAUCUUCUACUUCCCGAUAGUAAGAAUGAUAGCAAUGUGGACCAUCAAAAUUCAGACGUAGAUGAGGAAAGUAAGAAGUCAAAAACCGAGUACGUGGAUGUACCUGAAAAAUGGAAAGGGCAGAUUGAGAAGGAUUUGCCUCGGACUUUUCCAGGUCAUCCCGCUCUAGACGAGGGUGGUAGAAAUGCUCUGAGACGAUUACUCACAGCGUAUGCUCGGCAUAAUCCCUCUGUUGGCUACUGCCAGGCCAUGAAUUUUUUUGCCGGCUUGUUAUUGCUUCUAAUGCCAGAAGAAAAUGCCUUUUGGGCGUUAAUGGGAAUUCUUGAUGAUUAUUUUGAGGGAUAUUAUUCAGAGGAAAUGAUAGAGUCUCAGGUUGAUCAGCUUGUUUUUGAGGAGUUGGUGCGUGAGAGGUUUCCUAAAUUGGUUAACCAUUUAGAUUACCUUGGAGUUCAGAUAGCUUGGGUCUCUGGACCAUGGUUCCUUUCAAUAUUUAUGAAUAUGCUUCCUUGGGAAAGUGUUCUCCGAGUUUGGGAUGUGCUGUUAUUUCAAGGGAAUCGUGUCAUGCUUUUUCGAACAGCCCUUGCUUUAAUGGAGUUAUAUGGGCCUGCAUUAGUUACAACAAAAGAUGCUGGAGAUGCUAUUACUUUGCUGCAGUCACUAGCUGGGUCAACGUUUGAUAGUAGUCAACUUGUGCUGACUGCUUGCAUGGGUUAUCAAAAUGUUAACGAGGAGAGACUACAAGAAUUGAGAACAAAACAUCGACCGGCUGUAGAAGCUGCUCUUGAGGAAAGAACAAAGGGACUAAAUAUGUGGAGGGAUUCACAGGGUUUGGCCUCUAAGUUAUACGGCUUCAAAGAAAAUAAUACAGACAGUAAAACGAAAAAUGGUGGAUUAUCACGAAUGAGUUCCACGUCUUCAAAUGCGGACGACUUAUGUAUGGGCGUAUCAGGGGACGCAGAGAUUGAUUCUGUUCCCGAUCUUCAGAAACAGGUGACAUGGCUGAAAAAUGAGCUGUGUAAAUUGCUAGAGGAAAAAAGAUCUGCAAUACUCAGAGCUGAAGAGUUGGAAACUGCCUUAAUGGAGAUGGUCAAGCAAGAUAAUCGCCGAGAAUUGAGUGCAAAGGUUGAGCAAUUAGAGCGAGACGUUGCUGAAUUACGACAGUCCCUUGCUGACAAACAGGAACAAGAGAAUGCCAUGCUUCAGGUUUUAAUGCGGGUAGAACAAGAGCAAAAGGUAACAGAAGAUGCUCGCAGAUACGCUGAGCAGGAUGCUGCGGCCCAGAGAUACGCCACCGAAGUGCUCCAGGAAAAAUAUGAAGCAGCAUCUGCUUCCCUCGCUGAAAUGGAGAAGAGAGUGGUUAUGGCAGAAUCAAUGCUGGAGGCAACCUUGCAAUAUCAGUCUAGCCAAACUAAGGCACAGCCUUCUCCAAGAUCAACAAAUUCAGAUUCUCCAGCAACAAGAACAAGUCAAGAACUUUCACAAGAAAUACCUGCAAGAAAAAUCAGCUUGUUAUCCAGACCAUUUGGGCUUGGCUGGCGUGAUAAGAACAAGGCAAAGCCGGCAGAAGAGCAUGCUGAUGUAAAGGUUAUUAGUGAUGAAAAAAACACAUUAGUUGUGCAAAGUUUACAGGAGAAGCCAUUAGAAGAGCACUCUGAUGUAGAGGCUACUGGUGAUGAAAAAAGUCCAAAAGCUGUCAAGGAAGAUGAAAACGGUGACCAGAUGGAGCAGGUGUCGUUGGCUGAUGAUCGUAAGUAGAUGAAAGUUAUGUCUAUACAUUAAGUUCCAGAAAAGGAUUAGUAUCUUGUGUUCAGGUUCUUUUACGAGUAUCAUAUAAUGUCAGUUUUUUGUCUCUAUUUUUUCUAUUGGUACAAAAUUUAUAACUUACAUAUAGCUCAUUAGUCAUUUGUUUGUUUAGUUGUUAAUAAGACCCUUGUUCGCUUGAAGAGAAAAUGUAAAAAGAAAAUUUGGCACUAUGUGUAUCUUUGAUAGUUAUGUUCACUUAAAGGCAAAUUGCUUGUUAUUCCUUUUCUUAUUUCAA